AUGUAUGCCGCAGUUAAGCCACUGUCGAAGUACUUGCAAUUCAAGUCGGUGCACAUUUACGAUGCUGUGUUCACCAUCCACUCAAAGUGCACGGUGGCCCUGCUGCUGGCUUGCACUUUUCUGCUCUCUUCGAAGCAAUACUUUGGCGAUCCCAUCCAGUGCAUGCGCGACCACAACGACAUGGACUUUAUACACGCCUAUUGCUGGAUGUACGGCGCCUAUGUCAGCGACAACAUAACGGAGACACCGACUCCAUUUGGCCACGAGCGCUGCAAGCCGGGCGGAUAUGGUGGAACCGUGCCCUUGGCUCAGCGUCGAUAUCUACGCUACUAUCAGUGGGUUGUGCUGGUGCUGCUGCUGCAGUCGUUUGUCUUCUAUUUGCCGGCAUUUUUGUGGAAGAUCUGGGAGGGCGGACGCCUCAAGCAUCUCUGCAUGGACUUUCAUCAGACAGCAGUCUGCAAGGAGCGUAGCAACGCGCACUUGCGAGUGCUUGUCAAGUACUUUACGAGCGACUAUAAGGAGACGCAUUUUCGCUACUUUGUUAGCUACGUUUUUUGCGAGAUCCUGAACCUGGCGAUCAGCAUUGUGAACAUGCUGCUGUUGGAUGUGUUCAUUGAAGGUUUCUGGAGUCAUUAUGUGGAUGCUUUCCUUGCGGUCUAUUCGGGCGACUGGCACAUGUGGAGCAGCAUCACCAAGCGCGUCUUCCCGAAGUGCGCCAAAUGCGAGGUAGUCCGUUUCGGUCCCAGUGGAUCGGACUCUUCAAUGGACACCCUUUGCCUGUUGCCACUGAACAUUCUAAACGAGAAGAUCUUUGCCUUCUUGUGGGUCUGGUUUAUGACCAUGACUUUCUUGGCUGGCCUCAAGCUGUUCUUCCGCUUGAUCACCAUUUGCCAUCGCGGCAUACGCUUCCACAUUAUGCGCGCCAGAGCUCGUCUCAUGCCCAAGUCGCAUCUGAUGCGUGCCCUGCAAAACUGCAGCUUUGGCGACUGGUUUGUUCUGUUGCGUGUGGGCAAUAACAUAAGUCCCGAGAUGUUCCGCAAGUUGCUGGAAGAGCUCUACGAGGUCCAGUCUCAGCGCAAGUGCCCGCCUGGCGCGGAUGAAAUUUAACCAUGGUUUUGACUUAUAUUUCUGACAUUUUCCGCAGCAACAAUGAAGCUGUUUUUCUAUUGUCGGGCAAGUACAAGUACUUUAUUCAUCUAUUUUCAUAUAAUCUACUCCCUAAUCGAUAAUCCGAGUUUGCCUUUAACUUUUUCAUUCAAUUAUCAAGUUCCUUCUUAACUAA